ACUGGACAGGAUGAACUCUGGGGCAGGCAGAGGGUUCAAGGGCAUAAGGUUUCUUGAAAGGUCUGCCUCGGGGAAGGAGGCGGAGUCCUGGAGAACGAUAGAGACACGUUUCCAUGAAAAUGCAGAAGGUGGGAGGCUCUGCAGACACAAAUUUGGGGCCUGCAUUGGAAUGGGAGACAGCAAGGAGUUUGCAGCUGAAUUGUUUGAUGCCUUGGCAAGGCGCAGGAAGAUUGAAGCAGAAAAUGGGAUAACUAUAGAUGAAAUGAAGAAGUUUUGGGAAGACAUGACAAACCAAGAUCUUGAUAUACGCCUCCAUAUUUUCUUUGAAAUGUGUGACAAGAAUGGUGAUGGAAUGUUAUCAGAAGAUGAGGUUAGAGAGGUCCUAGUGAUGAGUGCCUCAGCCAACAAACUCUCAAACUUCAAGGAAAAUGCCGGGGUGUAUGCUUCUUUAAUCAUGGAAGAGCUUGAUCCUGAUCAAAAAGGAUACAUAGAGAUGUGGCAACUUGAAACUCUGCUAAAUGGAGUUGUGGGAAAAGGAGAAGGGAAACAGAAUUUGAAGAGAACAUUCUCACUGACCAGAACCAUGAUCCCAAAACAAUACAGAAACCCAGUGAAGAAAUUCAUGUCCCUGGCAAGAGAGAAAAUCCUGGAAAACUGGAAAAGAAUAUGGGUCCUUACACUCUGGCUGUGCAUCAACCUCACACUCUUUGCCUGGAAAUUCCAGUAUUUCAAGAACCACCCAGCCUUCCAAAUCAUGGGCUACUGUCUCCCCUCAGCUAAAGGCGCCGCGGAGACCCUGAAAUUCAACAUGGCUCUCAUCCUCGUCCCGGUCUGCAGAAGAACUCUCACCACCCUCAGGGAAUCAUUCCUCGGUGCCAUAAUCCCCUUCGAUGAUAACAUCAGCUUCCACAAGAUCAUCUCCCUGGGAAUCGUAAUAGCAGCCUUUGUUCAUGCAUCAAUGCACACAGGCUGCAAUUUUGUCAGAAUCGUCUCAAGCCCGGAGGAUAAAUACAGGGAAAUUCUUGGCCAUUUUGUUGGUUAUCAGCAGCCUAGUUACUAUGACCUGAUGGAAUCAUUCCCCAGCAUAACAGGCAUCGUGAUCACGGUUCUAAUGGCAUUUAUCUUCACUUUGGCAAUGCAUUCUUUCCGGAAGAACGUCAUCAAACUCCCACCACCCCUCCACCAUUUAGCAGGGUUUAACGCUUUCUGGUAUGCCCACCAUCUGCUCAUACUAGUCUACAUCGUCCUCAUCUUCCAUAGCUACUUCAUAUUCCUCACAGAACAAUGGUACAAGAAGACGACAUGGAUGUACCUUUUGGUGCCAGUGCUAGCAUAUGCCAGUGAAAGGGUUUUCCUUUCCUAUGAAAACAACCAUCAUGUGAAUGUCAUAAAGGCAGUUAUAUAUACAGGAAAUGUGUUAGCACUGUACAUGAGUAAACCUCCAACAUUCAAGUAUAAGAGUGGGAUGUACCUCUUUGUUAAAUGCCGGGAUAUAUCCAGCUUCGAAUGGCACCCGUUCUCAAUCACUUCUGCACCAGACGACGACUACUUAAGUGUGCAUAUUCGCACCCUUGGAGACUGGACUACAGAGCUGAAAAGCAGAUUUUCAAAGGCAUGUGAACCACAGUUUGCAAAGCCAAGAAAGGGGAAUCUUGUGAGAAUGGAAACGAUGGGAUAUUCGGAUGCUCGGAAGUCACAUACAGUAUUCCCAGAGAUUAUAAUAAAAGGACCCUUUGGUGCACCAGCUCAGGACUACAAGAACUAUGACAUUCUUUUGCUGAUUGGCUUAGGGAUUGGAGCAACACCUUUCAUCAGCAUUAUAAAAGAUAUAUUAAACAAUGAAUCUGUUGCUUCCAGACUGGGGGACACACCGCCUGAAAGGACAUAUCCUCACAGGGCUUAUUUCUACUGGGUGACAAGGGAACAAGGGUCAUUUGAAUGGUUCAAAGGUGUCAUGGAUGACAUAGCUGAGCAAGACCAAAAUCAAAUUAUAGAAAUGCACAACUAUUUAACUAGUAUGUAUAAAGAAGGAGAUGCUCGUUCUGCACUCAUUACAAUGGUGCAGGCCCUACAACACGCAAAAACUGGACUUGAUGUUGUGUCAGAAAGCCGGAUAAGAACACACUUUGCUAGACCAGACUGGAAAAAGGUGUUCUCUCAAAUGGCAGCUGUACAUCCCAAUUCUAGUAUUGGUGUGUUCUAUUGCGGGAGCCCUGCGCUUACAAGCCAACUACUGGGGUUGUGCCAACACUUCAGCUUAAAUUCAUCAACCCACUUCGAUUUCCAUAAGGAAAAUUUCUAAG